AUGACUCCUGCUUAUGACAAGAUUUCUAACCUCAAUCCAAUUAGAGAUAAUUGGAAUAUUCUUGUGAGGGUUAUUCGGUUAUGGUGCAUUCGUGCAGGAAACCAGUUGACUGGAAUUGAGAUGAUAUUGAUGGAUGAUCAAAUGUAUCAACUACUUGUGCAACUUAUGUGCUCUUUCUCGGGACACUAUGUAGAUGAGCUCGAUAGAUUACUCUCUGCUGGAGACCCUACGAACGAUGUUGUGGUUAUCAUGUGUGAAAAAAUUAAGGACAUUCAAGGUAAGAGGACCAUUAAGAAUGGGCUGAAAUGCUGCAAAAUAAUGUUCAACCCUACAUUUCCUGUUGCUGUUAAGUUUAAGAAAAAAAUGUUUCAGCGCCUUCCGUCUCCCACAAAAGGUGUUGGGCGUAACGUAGACGCCUCUCAAGUGUCACUCGAAGAUAAUUUUAUUAAUUUCCAUGAGAGAAAAACGAUUGUUGAACUCAAGGAUGCUGGAAUUGAUAUGGAGAGUUGUUAUAUUGCUGAGGCAACAAUUAAGUACCUGUUGGACCCUCAAGCUUGGUGGUACAAUGUUCGCAGUUGUAUCAAGACAGUUCAUCCCGAUUUUGUUUCUUAUUACUAUGGUUUGUGUGAUCGCUGUGUUGUCAAUGUUAUGUCGAAGCAUCAGAUCAGGAUCGAGAUCAAAGUCAUAGAUGAAACUGACUCAACCUAUUUUGUAAUUUUUGAUUGCCCUGCUUUAAUUCUCCUGAAUCGAUCUUGUUCUGACCUGAUUGCGAGCUGUGAGAAGAGUUGCAUAUUGGAAGUGAUGAGCUUCAUAACCUGUCUAGUUGAUGAAUUCAACUACGACAACGCUGAGUUCGCAGAGAAACAUCUCAAUGUUAAAUAG